AACCACCAAGAGAGCCCCGUCCUCCGCAUUAACUGCUUCUGCUUUCUCUCUCUCUGUUUGAUUUGCUUGUUUCUUAAAGGAAAUGAGUUGGUCAUCGAGUGAUAACUUUUUUGUGAACACAAAGUUAGAGGUCUUCUCGGUCGACCUCUUUUCAGAACCAUUAGAAUUGAAACAAUGCAAAGAUGUCAUCUACGAUGGGCCGAAGGGUGAUGAUUUCAAGAGGUUCUUGCGUUCUAAGAACUUUCGAGUAAAUCGUCAAGGAAAGGCUAUUGUACGCCUCCAAAGGCGCGAUGACGAUGGUGAAUUUCUUGAAUGUGAGUAUGAAACCUUCGUUCUAGAAAAAGUGGUACCGUUGGGCCCUUUUGGUUUCCAAAAUGUACCAUUGCCGAAGCCGAAAGAGGUGAAGGUAUUGCAAAGCCUCCUGGACACUACCAAGGCUGAAUUGGCGAAGAAGAAUGAUGCGCUUAACGAAUUGCAAACUCUUAUAGACAAUACCAAGGCUGUAUUCCGACAAACUAUGGUUGCGAUCACAAACUCAAUGAAGGGAUUGUUCGUUGAUUUUGGUCUUGAACCACCGGCAAGUGAAGAUCCGGAAUCUGUGCUGAUGAUGUUACAUAAUCUGAUCCUUCACAAGGAAUUUGGUGACACUUUCUUAAUAGCUGCAAAUGAGAUACUGGCCUCAAUUGCAAGCAUGUUUGAGAAACGCACUGGCUUAAGCAUUGGCAUGGAAACAAGGAAUAGUACUCCGAGUACUCCAGCUCGUCUCAUUAAGAGUCUAAGUACCUUAAGAGGCUUUAUGGUAGAUUCCCACUUUUUUAUUGAUGGUAGUAUUAUAGUGAGGGAUUUCCAUUUGAUGAACGAAGAUGACCUUCCAAUUAUCUUUCGGGAUUCUGCAAUAGAUGUGGCUGAGCUCAAGCAGAAGAAGAUAGGUACGAAAUCAAUCGAUAACAUUGAUGGAAACUCCAUCUUUUAUGGAUAUUUCAACAUUCCAAUGGUGGGGAUGUUCAAGGGUGUUUUGACCAGAGUUCAUGUCACCUUACCAGAUGAGAUCAUGGUGAAACUUCAAGUAAGCAAACAUACACUUAAUGAUAAAAUGUUUUGGUUUGUUUAUGCCAAUGGGUCAACUAUAUUUGAAAAGGAGCUUUUGAAUCAUAAAUCCACAGAUGAUACUAGUACCUCUGGUUCAAUAGGCAACAUAAGCAGCCUAGAAGAUACCAAAUUCGCCCCUUCUCGGGUCUUAGGUGACCCGACCGACUUUGUAGGAUUUUUCUGUAGGAUGAAUCGAAUCUUUGUCAAUGAGAAGGGAACAUAUCUCAAGUUUGAUUUUAUUGGUGGAAAAUAUUCAGGAUCACGGGUUUUUCUUGAUAGUACGGUUCGCUAUUAUAAUAUAGAUGGUGGAAUGUUUCGUCCUUUUAAGUUGGUGCAAUUUGAUGUGAAUAUGCCCACAACUGAUAUCGUACAACGAGAAGUUUUUUUACCUGUGUCAGACUCAAUUUUUGGGGAGAAAUAUCCUACUUGGAUUGUAAAUGAAGCUUUGGGCAAAGACUGUGCUUUUACAUUCAAUGACUUUUGCUUUAUGGGAAAAAUAACGAAAGCCACUGGUACUUUCCGCGAGAAUGCUCUGGUCCAUGUGUUCUUCGAGCAAACACAACAUGGGGAGAAUUGUUAUGUUGAUGCUCUAGCAACAACUUUCUUUGUUUUAAAAACAGAGGAAGUAGCAUCAUGGGAUGACAUUGAUAAAUUGAUGGCUCCUAAAUUUGUUUAAAAAGAACUAUAAUUUAAUUUAUCUUUUUUUUUUUUUUUUAAUGGUUAAUGAUGUACUCACUACUAUUUUAUAAUGGAAUAUUACACACUACCAUGAUAUUGACUUUAAAUUUGUCAAUUG